CUUCUUCCCUGUUUCAGUUCUUCCCCACCAAACCCUAAAACAACUGAAAUUCAAUUUUUCUUCUAUGGAUUUACAGUGGACUGACAAUCGCCAUCGCUGUGUUCUCUGAUUCUGGUCUCUCCGUGUUGUUCAGCUUUUUCACUCUCCUAAUAUUUCCUACAUUCAUGGGAGAGAACAACAAAAGACGACUCUCCGACAAUGGCCACCAACGAAGCAAGAAGCAUCAAUCUUCAUCUUCCCCUUCUUCUGCUCGAACUCCCACUCGCUCAACCUCAAUCUCUCACCCUCGGUUCAAUAAUCCCUCACCGGAACCGUCGAGGAGCAAAACCCCGCAUUUCGUUUCGUAUCUCGACUUCCCUAAUUUGCCCUUCAAGAUUAAAUUACUAUGUGAAAUCAUCGCCAACGCCUCAUCGAUUGAUCUCGAAAUCGUUCUGGAAGAGACCGGCGUUCAGGUUAGUCGAGAAGAUGUAGAAGACGUUCUGAAAUUAUCUUACAAGUUUCCGGGAUCAUCCAUGAAGUUCUUCCGGUGGUCCGGCCGGAAACUCAACGACCAACACAGUCCUUAUGCGUGGAAUUUGAUCGUCGACAUUUUGGGUAAGAAUUUACAUUUUGAACCAAUGUGGGAUGCUAUGAAAUCGAUGAAGAACGAAGGAUUGAUUUCUUUGGCUACUUUUGCUUCUGUGUUUAGUAGUUAUAUCGUUGCUAAUCGUGUUAAGGAUGCCAUUAUGUCAUUUGAGGUUAUGGAUCGUUAUGGUUGUCCUCGUGAUGUAGUGGCAUUGAAUUCACUUCUAAGUGCUAUAUGUAGGGAUGGAAACACCAAGGAUGCUGAUGAGUUUUUGCAAAUAGCCAAAGGUAAAAUUAGGCCUGACCCUGAUUCUUAUGCCAUUGUAUUAGAAGGGUGGGAAAGUGAAGGAAAUAUAGUCUGUGCCAGACAAACUUUUGUAGAGAUGAUAGAACAGAUUGGUUGGGAUCCCACCAAUACCCCUGCUUAUAAUUCCUUUUUAUGUGUAUUGCUCAAGGACCCCAAUGGGCUGCACGAGGCAUUGAUGUCCUUCAAGAGGUUGAAAGAUAAGAUGUGCUAUCCGGGAUUUAAGUUUUUCAAGCUUGCCCUUGAUGAGUGUGCGAAGAAUCGCGAUGUCAAAGCGGGGAAGUAUCUUUGGAAUGAAAUCGUAGAGAGUAUUAAUUUUCAGCCUGAUACACAUAUGUACAAUUCGAUGAUUGUUCUAUGUUGCCAUCAAAACGACGCCGAUGCAGCGAGAAGGGUGUUAGAUGAGAUGAUAUCUUAUGGAACAUUCCCGAAUUUGGAAACUUACAAUUUGUUAUUUCGGUACUUGUUAAAGGAAAAGAAAUUGAGAGAGGCUUCAAGUAUAUUUGAUGAAAUGAUUAAAAAUGAGUUUGUUCCAAGCCAUGCUAAUUGUAAAGCAGCAGUCAGGAUUUACAUUGAAAAUGAAGACCCAAAUGGGGCCAUAAAAGUAUGGAAAUGUAUGGUUAAAAUUUAUGAAUCUGAUCUUGAAGAGAUUGCUAAUUUCUUGAUUGUAGGGCUCCAAGAUCAAAAGAGGUUGCCAGAAGCAGUCAAGUAUGCUAAUGAGAUGAUUGAUAGAGGUAUCAUUUUGAAACAUUCAACUUUGUCCAAACUAAAACAGAGCCUUUUUGUAGUUAGGAAGGAAUUUAUGUAUGACGAGCUCAUGAUGAAGUUGAAAUUUACUGAGAGAUAAGAAUUUUGGUGCUUCUAACCUCUGCAUAUCUUUUUCGUCUGGGUUAUAGAGAUGAUAUAUUUGGGGCUCGGAUCGGGCGUGCGUUCAGAAAUGUAUCAAUUUCUGAGGAAUCUUCUGCUGUUUUCAAUGAACAUGUAGAUGUCUGUGAAGUUCUAGUACAAAACAAGAAACUAUUGUGUAGCAUGUCUUUCCAUCUCAUUGGAAGGGGAACAUUUUGUGGAGUUGGAGACUGAUGAUAAUUGGUAUAAGAAGAGAAAAUCUAUACUUUUUGAUACCAAAAGAAGAGAGUAUCACAGGGAAGGCUUGUCUCCUGAAUGGAACAGAGAUAUCUGUUUGUGGUGCCGUUCUGGAAUCAGCUCAUUUAGAGAUGUGAUGUUGAGAGGCUUGGGGUAGGUAUGAGUAGUGGACUUUGCUUGCAAGGAGUUCUGCAAUUAUCCUGGGUGUUCUUAAUUGUUAACUGGCUCUUUUGUUUUUGCUUCUUUUGAUGUGGGCUGGCUUCUUUUUUCGUUGUUUGUGCUCUUUUCGUACGCUAGCCUUGAUGUCAUCAUCUAGUAUGAUAGGUGUUAGGAAUCACGGACCUUCACAAUGGUAUGAUAUUGUCCACUUUGUGCAUAA